AUGGCGGCGAUCGACGACGGCUUCGAGGCCCUACUCGAGCCAUUCUACAAUGGCAAGAAGCUAACCGACCCCAUCUCAACCAAAGAAGAUAAAUUUCAGCUCUUACCCGCGUUUCUCAAAGUCAAAGGUCUUGUAAAACAGCACAUCGAUUCCUACAACUUUUUCGUCGAGCAUGAGAUCAAGGAUAUCGUGCGCGCGAACCGCACGAUACGCAGCGAUGUUGACAGCAACUUCUGGCUCGAAUUUACCGAUAUUCGCGUCGACCAUCCCCAGCGGCAAGACUACAAAGAGGCCAAGUCCUCCACCGACGUGACGCCUAUGGAAUGUCGGCUGCGAGACAUGUCAUACGCCGCCCCUAUACUCGUCGAUAUCGUAUACAUUCGUGACAAACAAAAGAUCAUCCGACGAAAUGUUUCGCUCGGCCGAAUGCCCGUCAUGCUUCGCAGCUCCAAGUGCCGCUUGUCUGGCGCCAAUAAUGCCGAAAUGGAAAAAAUGAACGAGUGCCCGCUCGACCCCGGUGGUUACUUUAUCAUCAACGGCACCGAAAAGGUUAUCCUUAUUCAGGAGCAGCUCAGCAAGAAUCGAGUUAUCGUCGAGGCGGACGAAAAGAACCGCAUUAUUUCUGCCUCCGUGACCAGUUCUACACACGAAAGAAAAUCCAAGACAAAUGUCACUUUGAAAAAGGACAGGAUCGUUCUAGUGCACAACGUUUUGGUCGAGGGCAUCCCGAUUGUCAUUGUGCUCAAAGCUCUGGGUGGACUUUCCGACUAUGAAAUCAUGCAGCUCGUUGCUGGUGCCGAUGGUCGCUACCAAGACGAGUUCCUCAUCAACUUCGACGAAGCAACAAAGGCCGGUGUCUUCACUCAGCAUCAGGCCCUCGAGUAUAUCGGUACCAGAGUAAAGAUGGGUUCGCGUAGAGGCCAAUUCGGCCCUCAGGUUCGCCGAAACAAUGUCGAAGAAGGCCUUGACGCUCUAGCCAAUCUGAUCAUUGCGCACGUCCCGAUCGAGGGCCUUGACUUUUAUCCUAAAGCUAUCUAUGUUGCUAUGAUGACGCGCAAGGUGCUCAUGGCCGCCCAGGAUAGCAAGCUCGUUGACGACAGAGAUUUUGUCGGAAAUAAGCGACUGGAACUUGCUGGCCAGCUUCUGUCACUGCUCUUCGAAGAUUUAUUCAAGCGAUUCAUGGUCGAGGUAAAGAUGUCCAUCGACAAGUUUCUCAAGAAGAAUAACAGGGCUGUCCCUCUAGAUGCUGUCAACAUGAUUAGCAAUCACGCGAACAACAUUGGCAUGGGAAUCAACAGAGCUAUUCAGACGGGUAAUUGGAGCGUCAAGCGUUUCAACAUGAACCGUGCUGGUGUGACCCACGUCCUCAGUCGUCUGAGUUACAUUGCUGCUCUUGGUAUGAUGACUCGUAUCAGCAGUCAGUUCGAAAAGACUCGAAAGGUCUCGGGCCCUCGUGCCUUGCAGCCAUCUCAAUGGGGUAUGCUGUGUCCCUCGGAUACCCCCGAAGGUGAAGCCUGCGGUCUCGUCAAAAACUUGGCUCUUAUGACCCAUAUUACUACAAACGUCGACGAGGAACCCGUCAAGCGAUGGGUAUUUACCCUUGAUGUCGGUGUUGAGCCCAUUCGAAACUUCUCCGGCGCAGAGAUGCACCGGGAAGGGUCGUACAUCAUUCAUAUCAACGGUACCCCGUUUGCUCUUACCAGAUAUCCCAAAAGAUUCUGUUCGAGAUUUCGAACCAUGCGUCGACGUGGAUGGAUAUCGCCAUUUGUCAGCAUUAGCAUCAACCUACAUUUCAACGCCGUCCACAUUGCUACCGAUGAAGGACGAAUUUGUAGGCCAUACAUCAUUGUCAAGAAUGGUUUUCAAAAGCUGAAGCCGGAGCAUCUUCGCCUACUUCAACUCGGCAAGGUCACUUUUGACGACUUUUUGCGAAAUGGCGUCGUUGAGUAUCUCGAUGUCAACGAGGAACAGGAUGCUUUGGUGACCAUCUACGAGGAUAAGAUCACCAUGGGCACAACACAUUUGGAAAUCGAACCUUUUACAAUUCUCGGCGCUGUCGCCGGUCUGAUCCCUUUUCCUCACCACAAUCAGUCGCCGCGUAACACUUAUCAGUGUGCAAUGGGUAAACAAGCCAUUGGCGCCAUUGCAUACAAUCAGUUUAACCGCAUCGACACACUUCUAUACACUCUGGUUUACCCUCAAAGACCAAUGGUUAUCAGUAAGACUAUCCAACUGGUCAACUAUGACAAGCUGCCGGCUGGCCAAAAUGCGACCGUCGUUGUCAUGUCAUACUCUGGUUAUGAUAUUGAAGAUGCCCUCGUUUUGAACAAGGGCUCGAUCGAUCGAGGAUUCGGCCGCUGCCAAGUCUUUCGCAAAUACACCACCGAAUUGCAAAAGUACCCCAAUGGUCGCAGAGAGCGCAUUGGCGAUCCGGUCAAUGAAGGCGACGGCGACCAACGUAAGCGCACCGAGAAGCACAAGGCCCUAGACGAUGAUGGCCUCGCCAUGGUUGGCGGCAGAGUCUUCUCUGGCCAAUCCAUGAUCAAGAAGGAAACGCCUCUGGAUCUUACCACAACGGGCAUUGGCCUGGAUCGCGGCUCUAGCGACUUCCGUGACUCUGCUGUCAACUACCGUAUUCCUGAUCCCGCUUACAUUGACAAGGUCAUGAUUUCACACACUGAAAAAGACACCACCGUUGUCAAGGUUCAAACGAGACAGACUCGACGACCCGAACUCGGCGACAAGUUCUCAUCUCGUCACGGACAAAAGGGCGUUGUAGGCAUCAUUGUCGAGCACGAAGACAUGCCCUUUGCCGAUAAUGGUCUCACUCCCGAUAUUAUCAUGAACCCACACGGUUUCCCCUCUCGAAUGACUGUCGGCAAGCUCCUCGAAUGCCUAACGGGCAAAGCCUCCAUCAUCCACGGGCGUCCCGACUAUGGCUUUGGCGACGCGUUCCGCUCACACCCGCUCGAGGAGAUGAGCCAAGUCCUACUCGACCACGGCUUCUCCUGGGAGGGCAAGGACUACUUCACAUCUGGCCUGACCGGCGAGCCGCUCGAGGCCUACAUCUUUAACGGCCCCAUCUACUACCAGCGUCUCAAGCACAUGGUGCAAGACAAGAUGCACUCGCGCGCCCGCGGUCCCCGUGCCAUCCUCACCCGCCAGCCCACCGAGGGUCGUUCGCGCGAUGGUGGUCUGCGUCUCGGUGAGAUGGAACGUGAUUGUCUGAUUGCCUACGGCGCCUCGCAGCUGCUUCUCGAGCGCCUGAUGAUUAGCUCCGACGGUGUUGUUAUUGAUAUCUGCCAGCAGUGCGGCCUCUUUGGCUACAAGGGCUACUGCCAGACGUGCAAGAGCACGCGCGAGGUGACCAAGAUGACGAUGCCCUACGCGGCCAAGCUCCUGGUGCAGGAGCUGAUUAGCAUGAACGUCGGCGUACGGCUGCAGCUGGCUGACGAGUUUCCGCAUCCCAAGUAA